AUGAUUCCUCUUUAUGUUGAAAAGAAUGGCAUUGCCUACGUUUGGAAUUCUGACGACUGGUAUAAGUUACGAGCGGAAUAUCGGAUAUGUGGGGCUCUUACUGGAUCUGCUCCUGUGCACCCUAGGCAGAAUGAGUUUUUAGGAUUACCUUUGGCAUUAAAAUCAGAGGAGGCUGCUUUAUUGGUAGAAAAAGGUGUCUGUACUUUAAUUCAAUUACCAAAUAUAAGGUCAAAGCCAACUGAAGAAGAAAAGCAGGUGGUGAAGGAAUUGGAAACAAAUGCUAUAAAGGAACAAAAAGAAGCCUUAAGAAAGCGUAAAAUUGAGCAACUAUCACAGAAAAUUGAUAUUAUAAUUGCAGGGAAGCAGCAAAAGUUGAUAUCAAAAGGAAUAGUAGGUGUCAAGAUGGAUAAGGAAACAUUAUUACAAGAAGAAAUAAACAAAUUACCAGAUAUUGCUCCAGUCCAUAUACUAACACAUUUGCCUCUAGAACAUAAUUUAUCAACAGAAACGGAAGUGGUCAGCAUAGAUGUGUUGAGGCCUAGUGUUGUUGAGGGACCUGGUGCCCUUAAGUAUAAGAUUUUUAAGAACUUAUGGGAAAAUGAUUAUUAUAUAACUAGUGGAUCCAAAUUUGGAUGUGAUUACCUUGUAUAUCCAGGGGAUCCAGUCAGAUUCCACGCCACUUAUAUGGUCAGAUGUGUUUGUGAUCAAACUGUUGAAAUGAGCCCAGCAGAAUUUGUAGCAUUUGGAAGACUUUCUGUUUCAGUUAACAAACUGGCUGUUUUUGCUUUUAUUAAUUGUUCUGGCGAUGUAGAGUUUCAAACACUGCAGUGGCAUGAAAAUAUUAUAAGAAUAAGUAAAUAA